GAGUGACCCCUGCCAGGACCAGAGUGACCUCUGCCAGGACAAGAGUGACCGCUGCCUCUCGGUUCCGAUGCUCUCCUCUCCCAGAGCCUGGCAGGGGAAGAUGGAUUGGUGAGCUUGGACAUCUGGAAAGCAGAAUUUAUGGACCACAAGGACGUUCUGCAGAAAGCAGAAGAACGCCUGUCUGUUUUCACACAGUGGGUGAGGGACUACACAAAACUAAUGCUGGUACCAGGGGAUCCUUAUGGAGCUGAAUUAUCAGGCCGCCUGUGCUCUUUGGGAGGAGUUUUUUGGGACAGCCAGAGGUCCCACAGCUGCAGCAACAUUUCAGUGGGCUGCUCCUGCUCCAGCAGAAAGCUGCAGGUGUUUGAGGAGGUCUCAGGGAUCUCCUGGAAGGCUGCAGAUAUGAAUUCCUGAUUAUCUUUAUGAGGAAUUCACGACUGAGUGCACAUUCUGUGAAAGGCUUCUUUUCCCCCCAACCCCUAAUGGGAAAUUUCUGCAGACAGAAAAUCCUUAAACGUGCAAAGGCACGAGCUGAACAGAGGAAGAUUAAGAUCAAACACAAACCAUGGUGUAACAAGAUAAGAAGCAGCACAGCUUCAGAACCAGACACUGAGCAGCACUCGAGCCACCCUGUGAGGAGCAGUGAAAUCAGCCCUGCCACACCUCUCCCCGGCUGCCAUUGGCUGCAAACCUGUUGGGCUUGAUGGGCUGCGCUCGCAGGGCAUCUCCAGGCCAAUAAAUUGGAGCAGCCAGGAAUGGAUUUCCACCUGCUGGAGCGAGCCUGUGCACGAAACCCAACCUGCUGCACCAGGAGAAGCCAUUCCCUGGCCAUGGCUUGUGUGAGUGAGUGACUUUGGAGAGCUGGAGCAUCGCUGGGAGCAUCCCUGGAGCAGCAUGGGCUCGUGCUGCGUGCUGCAGCUCACCGGGCUGAUUCUGGGCGGCGUGGGCAUGGUGGGCACGCUGGCAGCCACGGCCAUGCCCCAGUGGAGGGUCUCUGCCUACGUGGACAGCAACAUCGUGGUGUUUGAGACCAUCUGGGAGGGGCUGUGGAUGGACUGCAUCAGCCAGCUGGGCAUCAGGCUGCAGUGCAAGUUCUACGACUCGCUGCUGGCGCUGCCGCCGCCGCUCGAGGCUUUCCGGGCUCUCAUGUGCCUGGCCGUGGGGCUGGCCAUCCUGUCCUUCCUGCUGGCCAUCGUGGGCGUCAAGUACAGCCAGCCCAGCAAGGAGGGGCCCCAGGCCGUGAGCAUCUUCAUCCUGGCGGCCGGAGCGGCCUUCCUGCUGACGGGCACGCUGGUGCUGGUGCCGGUGUCCUGGACCGGGGGCAGCAUCGUGCGCGAUUUCUACGACCCCCAGGUGCCCGUGCCCCUGAAACGGGAGCUGGGGGCUGCCCUGUUCGUGGGCUGGGCCAGCAGUGCCCUGCAGCUGGCUGCUGGGGCCAUGUACUGCCACUGCUGGUGCCGGGCUGGCGCGGCCGCCGGGCCCAGGUACCCCUGGCUGGCGCGGGCGGGGGGCUCCGGGGGUGUCCAUGCCUACGUGUAGCUGUGCUCAGCACCCAAGGACAGCUCCUGCCAGCCCCAGGGACACCUGCCCCCAUCCCAGGGUGCCAGCCUGGCUUUGGACACUGUGAUCUGCCUGCUUGACGUGCUGAUUGACUCGUGGGGCUGCCUCCAGGUGUGCCAGGGAGGAGCGAUCCUGCUGCUCGACUGUUCACUGUGGGCUUGGAUCUCUGCACCCCUGAGGUGCACAGGGAGCUGGGAUUUCCCUCUGAGCAGGGCUCAGUGGAUGGAGAGAGCUCCAUCUCCCAGUCCUGGAGAUGUUUGUGCUGCCCCAGCAGAGGCCUCUGGCACUGUCCAUGGAUUUCUCUGGUGCUCGUGGAGCUCAUCUCUCUGCAGGCCAUGGAAUAUGGCUCAUGGAACACAUCUCUGAGCACUUCCCAGGCUUUGCUGGGAGAGUUUUGGCUUCCUGCUGUUUGCCACCCCCAUCUCCUGCUCUGUAGGCAGCACCUGCUCCUCUGGAAAACUCGGGACAGACCCUCGGCUCCUGGGCUGAUGGAAAUGUAUUUAUUAAUGGAAAUCAUGGGAAGUCUAAUGAACCAGCCAGGGAAUGCACAGGCUGCCAGCAGAGCAGGGAGAGCUCCUGCCCACGGCUCCCAGCACACCCAAAAAGCCAAGCCCUGGCGCUGCUGCAGCUGCUUUGUGCUUGCCAGGCUGAUUUGGGAAUGUCUGUCUGUCCAGCAGGAUCCAGCAGCACGUGCAGCUGGAUUAUUGUUCAUUAUUAUUUUUAUUA